GUCGCGUGGGUGCAGGUGGCGCACUUCCUGUUCGUUUGACAACAUUAUUCGUACGGCUGUUUUACUUGUGUCAGAGGAAACAAACAUGUCGUUUACGUCAUCCUCGCUGUGAUGACUUCGCUGUGACGUCAUCAGGAGGAAACGCAGAAACGGCUUGACCUGCGCGCGGACGCGUUUCUGUGCGUGACUUGGCUUCACCCGUGGAAAUGAGCGCUGACAUGUAGCUAACGUGGAGUUGUUCUCCUGUGGAACGUUCUCGUCUCUUUCAGGUCGGGGUUUAGGGUCCUUCUCUUUCAGGUCAGGGUUUAGGGUCCUUCGGUUUGCUGUUCGUGCGUUUCCGGUCUUUUGUCGCGCGCCUGUUGUCUACUUUUAGGCGUUAGCAGGGUUGCGUUAGCGGGGUUGCUAACCAACCACGCACACACAAACGGAGCUUUCGCAGUAGCAGCAGCAGCAGCGCAGACCGUCGUGACGUCACAAUGAGUUUCUUCAGUUUCGGACAGAGCGCAGAAAUCGACGUGGUGCUGAACGACGCGGAGACGAGGAAGAAAGCGGAACACAAGAGCGAGGACGGGAAGAAGGACAAAUACUUUCUGUUCUACGACGGAGAAACUGUCAGUGGGAAAGUGAAUGUGACCCUGAAGAAUCCCGGGAAGAGGCUCGAGCACCAAGGCAUCAAGAUCGAGUUUGUGGGACAAAUAGAGCUGUAUUACGACAGAGGAAACCAUCACGAGUUUGUCUCUCUGGUCAAGGAUCUCGCGAGACCUGGUGAAAUAACUCAGUCACAGACGUUCGACUUUGAGUUCACUCACGUGGAGAAACCGUACGAGUCGUACACGGGACAGAAUGUCAAGCUACGAUAUUUCCUCCGUGCGACAGUCGUCAGACGACUCAAUGACCUCAGUAAAGAGCUGGACAUCGUUGUCCACACACUGAGCACGUACCCCGAACUCAACUCCUCCAUCAAAAUGGAAGUCGGAAUCGAGGACUGUCUCCACAUCGAGUUCGAGUACAACAAGUCCAAGUACCAUUUGAAAGAUGUCAUUGUUGGAAAAAUCUAUUUCUUGCUGGUGAGGAUUAAGAUCAAACACAUGGAGAUCGACAUCAUCAAACGUGAAACGACAGGCACCGGACCCAGUGUUUACCACGAAAACGACACCAUCGCCAAGUAUGAGAUCAUGGACGGCGCUCCGGUCAGAGGUGAAUCCAUUCCCAUCCGGUUAUUCCUGGCCGGUUAUGAUCUGACUCCGACGAUGCGAGACAUCAACAAGAAGUUCUCAGUGCGAUAUUACCUGAACCUGGUGCUGAUCGACGAGGAGGAGAGACGCUACUUCAAACAGCAGGAAAUCACGCUGUGGAGAAAAGGCGACGUGGUGAGGAAGAGCAUGUCGCACCAGGCCGCCAUCGCCUCCCAGAGGUUCGAGGGCUCGGCAGCGUCAGAGAGCGCACUGGAACAAGCCGCCAAGGAGGAGAGCGGAUAGAGACGUCGUUGUCGCCGCCACCGCCCACCGCCAGUCCACGUCUGCGACAAAUUAGCCCAACAACUGAUCAACAACUCGUCAACAAGCAGCAGGAAGAAGGGAGAGUGACGACACACAGUAUGUGACCAAUGAAAGCGUUUCUUUUUCAAU